GAAACUGAGGCUGGGGCCAGGCUUUUCCUUUCUCUUACCCCCUCCCCAGCUUUCUGGGGGGAGGGCGACAGGUAACAGGGUGUUCACUGCAGGGAGGGUUGUGGGGUUCAUGGCAGGCGUGAUUCUGAUCCAGAGCUGCCCUCUUCCCAGACUGGCACCCUUCUCUCCCCACCUCCGAGUCCGUUGGUUUCCACCUCUAUCCCACACACCCCCUUCAGCCCUGCACACUCAGUACCCCCAUAGUCACACCUUCAUGCUUGGACACGGAGCCCUUACCGCCUGCACGGGUGACUCGUCAGGGCGGGCCCUGGGCUGGGGAGGGCGGGGCACCCCGGGAGUCUAAAAGGGCUCUCCAGGCCCCAACCCCUGCCUUGCCGCCGCUGCGCCACCACAGCUCCUAGCCAUGGCGGAGACUGCCAAGCUCCAGCUGUUUGUCAAGACUGGAGGAGGGCCCAGUGAGCUGUCCCCAAGGGUGUGGGGGUGCCGACUCCCAUCCUUGGCUCCGGGACCCAGCCCAACCCUCCUGGAGAACAAGCCCCUCGGUGGGGAGGUGCCAAUCAGGCAGCCGGCAGCCAAGGCCCAAGUGGAGCUUGAGGCGAGCGAGGAUGGCGAGAGCGUGGGACACUGCCCUUCUUGUCAGCGGCUCUUCAUGCUCCUGCUCCUCAAGGGUGUGCCCUUCACCCUUACCACAGUGGACACUCGCAGGUCCCUGGAUGUGCUUAAGGACUUUGCUCCUGGCUCACAGCUGCCCAUCCUUCUCUACGAUGGUGACGCCAAAACGGACACACUGCAGAUCGAGGAGUUUCUGGAGGAGACACUGGGGCCCCCUGAAUUCCCCAGCCUGGCGCCCCGCUACAGGGAGUCCAGCACAGCGGGCAACGACGUCUUUCACAGGUUCUCCACCUUCAUCAAGAACCCGGUGCCCACGCAGGACGAUGCCCUGUACCAGCUGCUGCUGCGCGCCCUCACCAGACUGGACAGCUACCUGCGCACGCCCCUGGAGCACGAGCGGGCGCAGGAACCGCAGCUUCGUGAGUCGCGCCGCCGCUUCCUGGACGGCGACCAGCUCACGCUGGCUGACUGCAGCCUGCUGCCCAAGCUGCACAUUGUGGACACGGUGUGCACACACUUCCGCCAAGCGCCCAUACCGGCCGAGCUGCGCGCCGUCCGCCGCUACCUGGACAGUGCGUUGCAGGUGAAGGAGUUCAAGUACACGUGUCCAUACAGUGCUGAGAUCCUAGCGGCCUACCGGACUGCCGUGCGCCCCCGCUAGCCCCUCCCCCACCGUCUACAGCCACCCCCUGCCCACUCUUCUACAGCCCCAUAAAGGCACC